AAUAGCGACACGAGCACCCGAACAACCGAAGUCCUUGCCCCAUGGACGUACGGGGUUUCUGUUCUAUCUACUGGCCCACUGCCAGAUGGUUGCCCACUGGCGUCGCGUGCGUUUGGAUCUGCUCUCUCAAACGUAAUUUCGAGGCAUUUUCUGUGUUCUGUUUUGUGGCCGCUUCAUGGCCCUUGUAGGGGAAUCAUAUCCGAUCAUGUGGAAUGCCGUACAGAAAGCCACCAAAUGGAACGAGUCCCUCAUGCAGGAGGAGGAUGAGCAUACAGCAGGAGCAGUGGCAGGAGCAGAGCUAGGCGCAGCAGCAGGACUCCAAUCUACCGGCCUGAGUGCGGGCCAUCUGCUCUGGCUGGCCAUCAAUGUGCUGCUCUUUGUGCUCAUUCUGGGCGGGAAUGUGCUCACAAUUGUCGCCGUUCGCACAUGCCGCAACCUGCGCUCCGUCAUCUCCAAUCUGUUCAUCCUCUCGCUGGCGAUAUCCGACUUUUGCGUGGGCCUGGCCCUGCCCUACCACCUGGUGUUCUACAUGGGCUCCGGUCUGGGCGCCAUGAGGGGACCCUGCCUACUGCGCUUCUUCCUGUUCAUCUGCGCCUGCUGCGUCUCCAUGCUGACGCUCAUCUCGAUAGCCGUCGACCGGUACAUAGCCGUGGUCUAUGCGCUGCACUACAGAAGAUACAUGACGCGUCGUGUGGCGUAUGUCAUCAUCACAUCCAACUGGUGUGCGGGCGCCCUGGUGGCACUGAUGCCGGUGUUCUGGAACCGCUGGACUCUGGCGCAGGCCUGCGAGUUCGACGAGGUCCUGUCCCCGGGGUACGUGGCUGGGGUUAUAACGCCCGGAUUCGUGAUCAUUUGGAUCUGCAUGUUGAUGGUCUACUGGCGGAUAAUGCGCGAGGCCUCCAAGCAGGCGCAGCGGCUGCGGCAUGCCUCAUGCGUGGUCUACAACACGGACAGCAGCAGCAGGGGCCUGCUGCAUCCGGACUGGAAGAGCGUCCAGAUUGUGGUCUUCAUUAUGGGCUGCUUCACGCUCUGCUGGCUGCCGUACUUCUGCGUCGCAAUCGCCCAGCUCUUUAGCAUCUGCCGCAGCAGCUCGAUGAUCUACAAGACCACCUUCUCGCUGGCCAUCGCCAACUCUGCCCUCAAUCCGAUCAUCUACUCGUGGAAGAACUCUGGCUUCCGGCGCGCCUUCGCCCAGACCCUCUGCUGCAAGUCGACGCGCUUCUGCCACGUCGAUGGCGCUGGCGACGAGGAGGCCGAUCAUCUGCCGACGUCCUGCAAGCAUCGUAUCGAUAGGGAGAUGGAGGCGGCCAGCUCCUCCGCCUCAUCGUCGGCUGCCUACCACACGACCAUCAAAACCGACUGUAAGUCCAAGCCCACUCAGUCUCAGUCUCAAUCAACCGAAGAGGUUCUUGCUUCCUGGUCCAUAUUUUAG